AUGAGCUUGGGCCAGAAUUUCGUGUCCGGUCACGUCGAGAAGGUUCGGAAUGCUCAAGCUUGGGCUGGCCGACAGUUCAACCGCGCCUCUCAGUUCAUUCGAGAGCUUUCAGUUUCUCAAACUGAUCCACGCGAAAUUUGUCUACAGUACGUUUUGUCUUCUUUUUCUGUCGUUACAAAAAAAGAUAUUCCUUUCUUUUCCAAUAACUUUACCAAUCAUAGAUACUUAUGCAUGGUUAAGUUUGCAGAAGCUUUUUCUACUGCGAUUAUUUUUUAUGAUUCGGUUCUCAGUGCUUGAAUGAACUUCUAAAUGUGAAAAGGAUGAUUGACUUGAGUGAAAAAAAAACCUAAUUUUUGGUGUUAUCGACUCAGGAACGACUUUGAACAGACUAAAAAUUUUAACUCUCUUUUUUCCUUUUACUUUCACGUAAUUUUAAGACCCGAGAUCAAGGUUUUGUAAGAAGGCUUGUGCAAAAGGCCUGCCUUCCUGGCCCGGGCUUUGGGCUUACACUUUGAAAAAAAAAAGCCUGCGUGGGUUCGGGCCAGGCUGGGCUUUGAAAGAAACUUCAAGUUUCAUUUUGAGAAAAAUUCUCGGAAAAAUUAUUUUUACUUGUUGAAUCAUAGUUAUUAAUAACUCUAUGGGAAAAAAUAAACAAAAAAAUAUAAUUUUUUUCUCGUUAAAAAAACGAGAAAUUCUACUUGAAGAGAAUUUGAGUUUUUUUGGGCCGAUAAUUUUUUUGCUUAAGAACAACCUAGGGCCGGGGCGGGCCGGGCUUGGGAAGUAACCGGUGGCCGAGAGGUUGACGGGCCGGCCCUCGCACAAGCCUGCUUGUAAGUCAGAAAAACGACCACCCGCUGAAAAAUCAACAUCAGAAAAAAAAAGAAUUCAAAAUUUGAUAUCUCUCAAACUAAUUGUAAUAUAUAAAUCUUCAAAUGUUACCAUUUUGGAAAGUUCUAAAUUAACUGCUUUGAAAAAGUUAAACGUUGGUUUUCUGAAUGAAACGUCUGAUUCGUUUCGCAUUUUGAAGUUUGGGUUAUCCAGAACGCGAAAAUCUUGGCGUUGUCGGCGCAGCGAUUCCCUUGGGAUUUUAAAGCCGAAGAACGAAAAUCCAAUUCUACCUUUUUAUUGACUAGAAGUGAGUAAUAGCCUCUAAAAAGAAGUUAGCCAUUUCUCUCAAAUAAGAAGUUCAUCAAAGCUUCGAAAUUAUGAAUUUAGCAACAUUUUGCCCGAAAAUUCUCUUCCUUUUUGUAUUAUAAUUUUUUUUUUUCGAAGUGUGAAUCUUCUUCCGAACCUUGAUGCUCAAAUUUUUAUGACCUUCAUAAGAAACCCCUCUUACUUUUUUUUGCUUCUAAAACUUUUCUCAAGAGAGGAAUGAGGAUGACUAGUUUUGAAAAGUAAGUUUUUGACUUCUCACAAACGUCCAUUUUCACUAAAUUUCCAUCCGGGGAAACUUCUAGCCCAGGUGCUGACUUUGAGUAUAUUUUUACGUCUGAUAUUUCUGCGACGUAGGAACGCAACCUAAUUUGAUAUCAAAAAAAGGCUCUGGCAAGAAAUUUUCGAAAAAGAAUUUUUUUAAUGAAUUCAAGAUUUUUUUACUCAAAGGAGAAAAACUUAAAAAGUGUCUAGUUUAUUCUUAACUAGAAGCUUGAUGUACUUUUUAUUGUAAUCGUCAAGAGACCAAUUAAAAAAAUAAUUUGAUGUUUUUUUGAUGACUAUCUUUAGAGUAGCGACCUACAGGAAAUAUCAGUUUCUAUGGGAAUUUCAUUCGGAGUUAUCCUAAUGAUCUGAAAAAAAUUUUUUUCAAAAAGGAAAGUCUUUUAACUUCACUAAUUUUUCUUAAAAAGCUUCAGUUCCAAGAAGCUUCGAGCUGCACUUUUUAAAAAGCUACUAGAAUAUUCAAAAAUUUGUUUUGAAUUUUUUUCAUUAUUUUUUUCAAGUAACUCACUAUGGAGCGUUUCAUUUUAGUAAUAAUUUGAAAGUGCAACGCAAAAAAGUCUUACGUUUUCAAACGAGUAAUUUUUUUAGAUUAUCUGGCGAGCAGAAAUCAAAUUUUUUUCAAGUAGUGUCAUGGCCUUUUUGCACACACUAAAGUAUGCAAGUUUUUUUGAAGAGUAAUGUUUAAUAAUAUGCUCAGAAGCUAUUUUUUUGUCAAAAGUUAAUUUUUUUCCGAUGAAUUAUGCUUCUCCUUGAAAUAUUGGUGGUAACACAGCAGUAGACAAUAACUAGUUAUGUAGAUUUACAAGCGCCAUUUUUUUAAAAAAAUAAUAAUAGUUUAUGAUUCAUCGAGAAGCGCUCAUCAAUAAAUUUGUGUGGUUUGUUUAAAAAUUUCUGAAAGGUUCAAAAAAACAUGAUUUAUAAAAAAAGUGUAUGUCGUAUUUCCAAAAAGUGAGUCGGCGAAGUCCGAUUUAAUAAAAAAAUUUGAAUGCUUUGGAAAUUUCCCUAAAUCAGGAGACGUGCGAAGAAUUUGUUGUUUUUUUUUUGUUUUCGGGUUGCUAAUGAAAGAUUUUUUUGAAGCUCACAAUUUUUGAAAAGGGAAAAAUUGCUCCAAGCUGAGUUCCGCUUCGUAGGCCACAACAAAGUCAGGCCCAUUAGCUGCUGUGUUUUUGUGGCAAUGGAGCUCGUCCAAUUAGCGUGAAGCUGCAUGAGCCUCGUGCUCAUUUAACUUAAUAACCUCCCAAUUAAUAAGACGAGUGACUGUCCGAAGGCGGACUUGCCUUGCGUUUCAUACUGCGCCUACCCACUGGAACCGCAACCGGUGGGCGUGGCGUCGCUCAGACUUUGGCGAUGAAGCCGCGCAGGUCCUCGGCCUCCAGGCACAAGCGCCGCAGAACGUAAGCUUCGUUUUUUUUUUCCGAUUGUCUGAUAAAGCGAUCAGCGAAAUUACUUCAAUCGCGAGAUUUUGUAUAGAUAGAAACGCGGUCAAACUUAUCGUUUUGCACAUAAGCUUCACUCAGAGCGCGAUCUCUAGAAAUAUUUUUUUCCAUGAAUUUUCUAAAAAAAUAGCCGAUUGAUUUGAAGUAAGAAUUCAAAAAAACGUAGUAUUUACCGAGCCUGUUCAAAAAAAGAUGGCUGGUUUCGAUAUUUUUUUAGUACAGGUGAACGCUAAUUGGCUUUUUCCUUUUUGGUAACAACUUCAAAUAUUUUAUUAGUUUACUAAAUGCUCCAACACACCUGCUGUAUCUCUUUAGAGCGGAGAAUUUUUGUAGUCCUCAUUUAUAGUUUGUCGAGUUUAAAUUCGCAAAUUUUUUUAUUUAUUGUUAGAAUAAAAAGAUUGUAGAGUAGAAAAACUCGUGCUCAUGAGUGAUAUUCAUCCCAAUUUCGUCACAUCAGCUGACACGUGUAGUGUGUUUUUGUGAAAAAGCUCACGCAUCUUCGUUUGCAAACCAGAAUAAAAAAACUUUUUGUUAUUUAGUAUCCCUAAAAAAAGCUUCAUUUAUGGUAAGAAAGACGAAAUUUGACUACUUUCUGAGUAUUUCCAGUCUUAUUUUUCUAAGCUCAAUAUUCCUGUCUAUCAAAUAUUUUUUUGUUGUUGGAAGCCAAACUAACUUGUUAGGCAUAGAAAACUCUCAUAAUAAAAAAAGAAUUUCAGAAGAAAACGCCGAAAAAAUGCUUUGAAGAGUGUAACGGGAUUGCUAUGUGUUUCAGAGUCUCAAUUGGAUCUCUAUUCUAUCAACUAAAAAUAUGCAAAAAGAGGGAUUUUUCCUUGAAAAGUGAGAGUAGAGCGCCAUUCAUCGGCACCUCUACAUCAAAUUAUCGGGAAUGAAAUCGAAUUUGUACCCACGCGGUCUCGAACAAUGUUAUCAUUAACACAAUGUGUGGCUGACUACGAAUCGAAAUGGAGUUCUUUCCGCCGUAUGAUUCAAAUCGGCUGCUAGAAGAACGAAAUCCGGGCUAUAGGGCUUGUUUGCAAAUUUCACGUUGCAACCCAUCCUCAAUUGCCAUCGUAAAAAAGCCGGAACGUCAUCACGAGCUGGACUUCACCCCUUCAAAUUGUAAUUUAAGCGAAAAGCCUCUAAUUUAAAAUUGGCGAAAAAGGCGAAUGACGAAGAAUUUGGAACUUUUGAGGAAAUGGUGUGGGGGCUAAAGGAAACUAAUAGAGAAAAGCGGAUGUUUGUCUGAAGAUAAGUUGAAAUUGAAUUCAGAGUCCAAGCGUCUGACGGCAACUUCUUCGAGAAGAUCACAGCGCCGAGCGACGCCGAAAGCAGCAGGGACGAUGAACUCUACACCAUCAAAAACCUCACCAUCAAUGGAGACCGGAAGCAAAUUGAGGUUGAUUCUGUUUCCAGAAGUGAAAAACAGCCUAACGUUUUAGUCACUUUAGUUGUUUUUUCAAACUCUGAUGUCGAGCCGUCUUCAAAUUAUCCACUUUAAGGAAUGUUAAACAGAAACCGCGAAACUGAUGCGGAAAAAUGCAAAACCCGAUUCAUUUCAUAGUAGUUUCUAAAUUCAACCAUAGCUUUUUUCUCAUUUUUCCUUCUUUCUAAUUUAAGCUGUUAGUUUUUGAAAAAAAAAGAUAUAACUAAUCAUUAGCGUCCGUGCGAUUUUUUUCAACUUGAAGAUCGAAUUUGUACAGGGCUUGUCUUUUCGCAAAACAGCUAAACAUAUCUCUCUUUCUUGAAACGAGUUCAUACGUCAGCAGGAAAAUGAGCUCUCCGCAAGGCUCAUGUUCGUUUAGAAUGCAUUUCUUCAUUUUCGGGGGCUCAUCGUAUUUCUUUGCGCGCUUUUUACGUCUCAUUCUGAUUUUUGCGCAUUGAAUGACAAAUGAGACAUGCAUGUUUGAGUUGACUAGCUUAUUAGAGUAAGAAAAAGUAUGGCUGAAAUCAGCGCAGUGAUGUGUAAUUCGAUUUUAAUGAAAAAACGAAAAGAAGUUCGGAUUCUCAGGCUCUCUACGUCGAAGCCUUGUACACAAUCGCACACAAACUUGGGCAAGGAGAUGCCGAAGAAAGCCAAGAUAACCUCUACAAAUAUGUCCGAUCUGCUUUUCAAGGCGACCAGAAUUUGCACCAUGAUCUAAUGGAGAAGGCGAAGCAGACGAAAGUGGGUUGACAGGACAUCUCCAAUUUUAGAUGUAAUUUUAGCCUCCUGUCGUUCUUCUGAACGUCUUGCUUCUUGAAGCCAAAGACUUGAUUGCGAAGGAUGUGAAUGGUUAGUUUUACUUAAAUCGAAGUCAAGUUAUCCAUUCUCUGCGCUUUAAAGAAAAAUAUUUAUCGAGAAAAAAAUUUUUUUUUCAACUGGUUAAGAAUCUCCGAAAAAAAUUUUUGCGCUUCGUUAGAUUUAUUUAGUUCCAUGAACUGUUUGUUGGAAAAAAAUAUUUUUGGUGUUUUCCCAAGCUGUAACUCGACUUGAAACGGAAUUUAUAGAAAUUUCUUUUUUGUUUGCAAUCUAGAGAUCAAAAAGUUAUUUCCUGCAAAUUUACAUCAAAAAAUUUUUUUUUUGCAAAAAAGAAAGUUCCAGAUUCUCGGUACAAACCAUUUUCGAGCUAACGAUAAAAGACAGCGGAAAAAUGUUUUUCCUUCGAAAAAAAAACGUUAAAAAAGAGAUACUUCUCAUCUCUUUCGACAACGAAGUCAUUCUCCGCUUAGCCGCCCGUUUUUCCUUCAAGUUUUUAGUCUUUCUCCCAACGAAAAGAAACUUUUUCUGUCCUCCAAAAGCUUCUGAAAAGCGAAAUGCCGUUCCAUGAAAUUUCAAGUCAUGGCCCACAGACUAUAUCUUGUGUUUUUUUUCAGGAUUCAGCGACCCGUUCGCAAUGAUGGGCUUGGUGCCGGGCCGGAGAGAAAACGCGAUCGCCGUGGAAAACGUCCACCCUCAAGAAGAUGAAGAAAUCAAAUCCCCUAGGAACGCCGUAAGUUCAAUAAAUCUCCGUUCAUGUUUCAAGAUGUUUCAGUCAAAAAAAGAUGGCGGUUUAAUCCAUCGGUUUGGCGGCUCUUUUCGAAGGAAAGUAGGCACAAAGAAAGGAAAAGUUUACACAGAGUUUUUUCCGGAUUGCAAACGAUGAAUUUAUAGAUCUCAGACACAGGAACGAUUCCAGCUAAACUGAUCAAAGCGAGUUCAGUGCAAAAAAAGACUUUGAACCCGAAGUGGAACGAGAAAUUUCAAUUCAUAGUGGAAGAUGUUUACCGCGACACUUUCCACAUUGAUAUUUGGUUUGGAAAAUUGACAUGGAUUUGUUUAAUGGGAGUUUUAGGGACCACGAUGAUGAGGAACAAUCUGUCCUGGACGCCGUCACGUCAUUGAAUCAGAUAUCUGGCGGUUUCAAAGUGGGUUGCUUCGAAAAUUUUGAUAGCGUUUCAAAGGUUUUGUGUAAUAUAAUCAUUCAAAAGCGUUGAAAAAAAAAAACGCUACAGAGUAGUUUUCAGGGCCUUGGUCGAUACUUCAAGGAAGUCACUCAAAGUGCUCGAGCCGAUUCUGAUGACUGCACUGAUGACUUUCUUGGAUGCAUCAACUUGAAACUCAGCGUUUGUCAAAAAUAACUUCCCAUGAGAAGACAAAACUUUUUGAAGGAAAUUCCUCCGGAUGGAAUCGAGCAAUGGCUUACGUUGCAACCUCGUUCCGAUAAGAGCAAAGUUUCAGGCCAAGUUCGCCUGAAGGUGAAUUUUUUUGCAUUUUAUCCGGUUGAAGAUCAUAUUCAAGAUGUGGCUUUCAACGAAAGAAGAAGGAAGAGCGGGCGAAGAAGACGAGUUGCUGGACGUGAGAGAGCAUAUUGAGCUCCUCAGACAAUUUGCUCUUUAUGAAAUUCGUCAAACUGGAGUUUUCGUGAAUAUCAAUUCUGAUUUUUUAUGAUUUUCUCAGGCACCUGUGAGGUUUUGGGAUGGAGUUUAUCCGGAACGAGCCAUGCUUAUUCUUCGGCAACACGCGAUUCAGGGAGACUUGACAGAAGUUCACACAGCUAUGUGGUGAGUUAGAUUUUGUAGAUUCCCUUAUCGAACUUUUUUAUUCAGCCGAUGGUUGGCGUUCCACUCCAUGAUUCCAAUCGACAUUUCUUUUUCGCUACUCUACAAGACCCUGCAAAAAGUUAUCGAUAAAUGGCAGCCGAUGACGUUAGACAAGGUUCUGUUUUUACAGGGAAAAUUUAGCUUGAAGUAUGCCGAAGAUAUGUGAUUUCAACCCAAGUUUGAUAUUUUUUUUUGACUUGGAAACAUAACUCAAAAGUGACACUUUUAGCUAGUUUUUGGGACUUCUAGGCAUCGCAAGUGAUGAAACGGUUGAUGAAAAAGUUACAUGUGUUCAGGAAGAAGAAGAUAUGCUGACUGAUUCGUUUUCAACUUUUGAUUCAUAUUGCAAAAGGAUGAUGCUCGAUCACAGAGAGAAGUUUGCACCAAACAAGCGCAACAGUGGUGAAGAGUUUGCCAGUUUGAUCAAGUGAGCUUCUUAUCCAUUUACUCCAAUUCCAAAUGAUCUUACAGAUGCAUGAAAGCUUUGAGAGACUCCCCGUUCUAUCAGAAGUAUCUCCCCUACAAACGACCUUUUCAUGCCCACAUCGAAUCUCUCACUGUGGUUUGCUUUCCAAAAAACCGCUUUCAACUUUCGCGUCCAUUCAGAAAAGUGCGGAAGAGUUCAUUGAGAAAACAGUGGAGGAAGUGCAAGACAAGGAUCCUUGCAAGGAACUUCUGAAGCUUCUAAAUGUUAUAAAUGCCGCUUGCGCCCGUUUUCUGCACUUUGCAGCCGUGAUUCGCGAUAUCGCCAGGAUUGAUUACAGUCAACUUACCUUGAGUACCUUUGAUAAAAUGGUGAUUUCAAUUUUUCUUCUUUGAAAGAUCUUUUAUUUUUUUUAGCUUGUCGAAUAUCUAACAUCGGAAAUGAUGAGCGAGAAGAAAAUGGACUUGAAGUCGCAGGUUUUCUAUUUUUAGCGUGAAUUUGGAAACUUUUUGGUCGUAUUUCAACUAGCUUGACAUGUUCUAAUAAAGCAGCGGUUCAAGUUGAAGCUAAAAAUCGAGUGAGACCUGGGACUAACGUGCAGAGCAUGAUUUUCAAAUCUGAAAAAAUAGUUUUCCGGAAAAAUCUCCAUUUCAAGAUUUAAUGCUCAAUAUAGCUCCAUAAUUUUUUUGAAGAUAAAUGAAAAAAAGUUAUGUUGCGACUUUUCUAGAAACUGUACUUUUUGAGAUUUUUAAUGUUAGUCUAUCUCAGACUCGGCUUGAAGGGUAGGUUAUUUUACUCUUUCCGCUUUUUUCUUUCUAAUCAUCCUCACAAAGACGUACUGGUUUAGAAACACGAGAAUAUUCAUCCAGGAUUCUACUUCCUAAAGAAAAAGAUGCAAAAACGAAGAAUGUUGAAUAAAAAAGCCGUAUAAGAUUCUUCGUUCUAGUUCUCAAAAAUAUGUUUUAUGCGGAUUUUUUUAAGAUGAGAUUGUCCGCUACACAAGAUCCUCCAAAUGAAGAAGAUCUUGUCGAUUUGAUGCGAAUCCACAUGGCUUUUGUGGAGCUUCGAAAUUACAGACUUGCCAAUCGAGUGUAAUAGAACUGGGAAUAAACCCAAAUUGAUUGUGUAUCAUUCAGGAGAGUGAAAGACGAGAGCGAGUGGUACGCCAUUUUCAACAAAGGAAUCAAGAAGUUUUUUGAACUGGCUCGUGAAAAAGCCUUGGCUCGCGUGCAGCUCAGCUGUCAAUUGGACAUGCCGGUAGUUGGAACGGAAAAGUUCAAGAAACAAUCCCAUUUCUUCAAGAUUUCAACAUCUUCAAACGAUAUGCGUCAUUCCAGCAGCCACAUCGACAUUUGCCACAUUGUAGAACAGGUUCAAUCAUCUUAGUUUUCAGAGUUUCAGUUCUUGAAAUUUCAGAUGACCGUGUGCUGGGAGCGAAUGGAAGUGAGCGAGCUUCCGCUGAAAAUCGACUACACCAAGCUUCUGGUCGAUAUUUUGUGCGAGAUUGUCACAGUUUAUUCACAAAAGGUUGACUUUUUAGUCGAACUUCUAUAUUCAUUCAAAAUUUCAGAUCAUUUCAAGUCUUGAAGCUGAAGGAUUCACCAAUGAGCUCCAAGUUUUUGUUCCGUCACAGUUGCUGCAACUGGUAUUAAUUUUUUUGAAAUUUGUUGUAAAUAAAUUAAAAAGAAUAAGAAAUAGGAAUAAGGAAUAAAUUCGAAGAUUUCAAAGCUUUUUCUCCUGAUCAAGAAGGUAGAUUACGAAUAAAUUUUUGGAAUCAUUAUUUUACAGAGAUUUUUCAAACUGUAAGACCCACCAUUUGAGGACUUUCUGGAUUGGAAGUUUUGCUUUUCAGUUGUGUGCCGCCAUCAAUAAUUGCGAGCAAGUUCGAAGAAGCUUGAUGGUUCAUGAGAAACUCCACCUCGACGACUUGGCGAUUGCUUUUGAGCGCGAGGGAAAUGUCCGUUCUCAUAAAGAAUUUUUGAACAUAAACUUUUUUAUUUCAGGGCUCCCCGCUUUGGAAAGCGGAGAUCGAGAAUCGAUUAGAAGCUUGUGACGCAACUAUCUGCCAAGAAAUUGAUAGAAUCAUUCACUUACUCACUAGCCGACUAGUGCCUCAAAUGAAAAAACACGUGUUCCAUUUGGCAUGGAGUCCUGCUGCUCAUCCAGUAGAAGACUCUCUGAAGCCGCUCACAGACAUGGUGAGAGUUGGAAAAGAAAGAAUCGUUCAAUUCGCAAGAUUUACAGCUGGACAUCGAGCUAUCAGCGGUCCACAAAAACCUACUGCACAAGAACUUUUUGCGUAUAAUGUCUGCUCAAGUGAGCAUCGUCGUUCGUUUGCUACAGGACUGUGUGAACGAAAACCCUGGGGUUUAUUAUUCUCUUCUUUUUUGUUUUAAACUUAUGUCAUUUCAGCUGGAGCCUACGUUUUACCAUCGUCUUUUCGAAGCUUGGCAUGUCCUUAUAGAUUUUUUCCACGCCGGGGGUAAAGGCCUCUCGAUGGACGCGCUUGAAACCAACCCAGAGCAUGUGGUUUAUCAGGGACAAGGUUGAAAAAACUAAUAUUUACGUUUCAGAGAUUGGUGAAAGUUCUCUCACUAAACCAAACGUCGACAGAACAACUUAUUGAAAAAUACUACAAAGAUUUAUUGAAGCAGCAGGUUUGAACAAAAACGCUUUUUUCUAUGUCACAGCUCAUUAUGACUUUUGACUUCACAGUAGAAGUUUCCAACAAGUGGAACCGUAAUUGCUGAUUUUUUUUCGUAAAAGACUCGAGUUUUUAUUGCCUUGAAAAUUUGUCAAAAAAAAAAUGUGAAAAUUGACAAAAAUGCACUUCAAACUGAGAUCAUCAUUUUUUGAUGUACAAAGCUGAUAUCAGUGAUGACAAAAUCUGAAAAAAAUUUUUUUUUUGGCUUUUCUUUCAAUUUUCAUGGCCUAUGACCUUUAAAAAGAUUUUCACGACAAUUUUUUUAUACAAUUUCGAGAAAAAAAGUCUUGAAAAAUCGCAUCCAGCGGUUUCAAUUCUGUUGGAAAACCUCAACGUGAACUGAGAAUAUGCCCUGUCAGAAGAUAUUUUUCUUUCCUAUCUGAAAAAAAUUGAAGAAACUCUUUACUUCUUCGCCUGUCGCACUCAAACUUUUAUUUCACUUCUAACUUUUCGCUGCAUUUCUCGUGGUUUGGUCGCUUUAACUCCACAUACACAAUCAAGCUCGUAUUACUUUGACUUCAACAAAACAUUUUUAGGCACUUGCCGAUCACCAAUUUGGAGUAAGUUGUAUCAAAUGCAGCUGCUGUGCUUAGAACCGAAUGAUAUUGUCCUUGAAACCAAGCAAGAAAAUUCGUUUGAAAUGAACUGAAAAGAAAAAAAUGACUCGAUGAUACCCGGCUGCGUUGAUGGUACAGUAGCCUGUAGCUUUUGUGCUGUGCCAAAUAUCGGCUUGGACAAUUUUUGCACUGCGCCGAGGAAAAAUUGCUUUUGUUAUCGUUCUAUUAUACAUUGCAUGCAAAUCCAAGUAGAGAUUUCGGAUGGCAAAAUCGUCAAGAGUGUUUUCCUCUCUAUGUCGAGGCAUGUGAAAGGGUGCCAAUUUGAUAACUCACCGCUUUCACGUGCUUUCAGUAAAAUCUUACCUUCCUUGAACGCAAAACUCGAACUUUUCGAAAAAAGCGUUUCCAAACUUUCAGAACGAAGUGACCGAGUGCAAGUUCGGCAUUUUGAAUGUACGAGCCUAUUACAAUUCGAACGCACAAACUCUCGUUUUGGAUGGUAACGUCAAUUUGAAACCAUUCGAUCUUGCAACUUCUGCUUCCAGUCAUCGGAGCGAAGCAAAUCAUAGCCUUGGAUUCCAACGGUCUCUCUGACCCAUUCGUUGUGAUCGAAUUGAUUCCGAAAUUCCGAUUCCCAACAGUUCCCGUGGUCAAAACGAAAGUCGUCAGCAAGAGCCUCAACCCAAUAUUCGAUGAGACUUUCGAAUUGUAAUAAGUACUCAUAUGAUCUUCCACAUUUUUCUUUUUCAGCCACAUCUCGCCCCAUCUUCCACCGACAGCGAUGCUGCACUUCACCGUGAUGGAUCAUGACUAUCUACGUUCCAAUGACUUUGCCGGAGAAGCAUUUCUGGAGUUGGUUGAUGUGCGUUUCAAUUGUAGUUUCGAAAUCUACAGAACAAAUUUAGGUACCUGGAUUUGGAUCGGCUGGUGGAAACACGCUCCGACAGUUCAAUCUCAUUCUGAUUCAACCUGUAUCUAACAGUAUGUUUUUUUUUUAAUUCUUACGAGGAAGGUUAUUUUUUCAGUUAUAGGGUACAAUGAGUCAAUUUAGUAUUUCCAAACAGUUUUGUAAAAAAAGAUUACAGGCAAAGAAGUUCUUGGAGUCCUUGCAAGUCGAAACGAAGACAAAGACGCUGUUGAAUUCCUUCGAUCCAUAAACACCGUCUAUUAAUGAAAAAUUGAACUUUUUUCAUUCCAUUUGAAAACUAAUAAUUCCAGGUCUUCCACAUGAAUCGAAUAUUCAAUUUUAACGCUUUUUGUGAUCUCAUUCUCGACCAUCGUGAUCAUUCCAUUCGUUUGGCCGCUUUUAGUUUGGUUAUGUAAUCACUUUUCCACUGUCCAUGUUAGCAACCAAUACGUUGUGGUAAAUUUUCGUGAUUGAAUUUCUGUUCGAAAGUUCCUUUCGAAACAAUGGUUAGUAUUAGUAUUUUUGCGAAACUUUGGAAAUAGCCAAUUUUCUAAUUUGGGAAAAAUGCUGGGUGUGCCCUCUGCUUUUCAAUUUUUGUGCGCUUUUUGUAUAUUCUAAUGAACUUACACAAUAUAAAAUGUCUGAGCGAUGGAAAAAGGUUUCCUUUGCACAUAUUCUGUGAGACCGGCUCAAAAAUGAAUGCUCUGAAAAGUUCAGGCAUUGCAAAAAAAAAUUAUCAAAAUUUCUGAGAAAUACUAUGGAGUUCAAAUUUUCGACAAAACGCUGAACUUCGCUGUUCCAAGCAAACAUUUCCUCCUGGAAGACAUUUUUCAGAAAAAGUCAAAAAAUUGAUCGACCUUCAGUAAUCAUGAAACUUGUAUAAAAAACAAAGAAGUGUUUUGCAUUUUUCGAUACAAAUUCCAAGUCUUUUUUAAACUCCUCUAUCAUUAAAGCAUCAUCUACCUGAGAAAGUGAGCGACUAAUGGAUAAACAACCAAAAAAACAGGCUAACGAAGCGUUUUACGAGAGUCCAUCUGUUUUGAUCGACGCGCUGAAGAUCGACGGAAUCAGUGCCGAGGGCGGCUCAGGCAAUCGCAAUCUGUUUUCUUCUUUUGCUUCGUCUUUCUGGCAACUCAACUACAGAGCAGCUGUCUUGGUCCCUGCGGCAGGUUGCCACGUCCAUGUGCUCAACCACAAACGCCUUGGCUCUUGCGGCUAUUUUUGUGCUUUAUUAUUGCCCUACUGA